AUGAGUCUGCGAGGCUCUUCGAAAUGGGGCAAGCUGCUACGCAAGACUGAAGCCUCGGACAAGAACUUCAAGCUCAACGAAGACGUCGUCGACUUCCUCAAACCAUCGACUGAAAAGGAGCGAAUCCCUGGCGAAGGCAGGCGACAGCUGCCUACUCCGCGAAUCGACACUGCCGCUGCACAGAGAUGGCCAGACGCUGCAGACGUGCGAAGAGCUGCUGCGAGCCCCCCUGAAGCAUACCCAACAAAGCCCAAGAAAAAGAAGAAGAAUGUCAACGUCUCAUUCGUGAGGACUCCACCAGAGAUUAUUGGAGAGGGCGGUGACGACUCGGAGAUACCAGUCGUUGAAGUGUCAAGAGCAAAGGCAAAAUUGGCCAGAUCACAGACAGAACGACGAGCUGCAGCCCCUGUGCUGGAUACGCAGGCAGCAGAAAGACACCGCCAGGCCGCGAACUAUCCCAUGAGUGCUCCUGCCCUUCGUAAUGCCUACCAACGCAAAAACUCGCUGGCCGACCCGACCCAUCCUGUAAACCAUCCCUUUUUCGAAUCGCAACCUCAACCUGUGCCCCCUCCAGUCCCACAACAUGCCCCUGCACAAGAGAGCCCUCGACCGGGCAUGCUGAAGCGCGCUCCCACCACUUUCAGCAGCUUGGAAGAUGACCCAAUCUCUCCCACGAGCGAUGAAGAUGUGCCGCCUAUUCCACCCCAUGUUGAACUUCCCAUGAGAACAAUCAGACCCCCUGAGUCUCCCAUAUCUCCACCAAUAAUCGACAACACUGAACUCGCCAGCUUCUUGCAAGACUCUCCACCACAACCUCGAUCCCUGCCACCUAGAGACGCCAAACGCCAGAGUAUGAUCCGUGAAGAGGAGGGCAGAGUCUUGCGUCGCUUGUCCAGACUCGACUAUGAUGAGGCUGCCACUGACGCGCUGGAUCCACGGCGACCACCCUCUCCCAACUCCCCUCCUCGUGAGAGCCGAUCUCGUAGUCCACAGCUACCUUCCAUCGUACCCACUGAUUUCGGCUCAGCCAUCCCUGACCACCUUCGCUCCGCUUCUCCUGAACAGCCAGCACCCCCAAUAGUGCUACCUCAUCGCGCACAUCCACUUCCUGAGAUUCCGAAUCAACAUGAUGACACCACAGAUACCACGAUCCAUCCAAUCACGACAAGAAACAUGCAGCCAUCUUUCUCUUCAUCUCAUUACACCAAUGAUUCAGCUCACUCAGCGUCUAGCCAGCGACAGCGGCUUCCCUCAGACUUCUUGGCUUCUUCCUCGCCAGCUUCUUCUGUCCGCUCAGCUUCGUUACAGCCCAACACCUCUUUGAAUGCCCAUCCUCUGCCUCACCCUCCGAGCCGUGGACCAAGCCCGAGCUACUUCUCACAACAGUCGUUGGCACCUCAAGCGCAAAACUUCAAUGGGCUUACUCCUGGAAUUACACCCGGAAUCACCCCUGGUCUCACUCCUGGACAUCAUCUUCCCAGACCUUCUUACGAUGCGAAUGGUCGAUCUGGAUCUGCCUUUUCUUACCGAAACAUUUCUCCCCCUGAGCACGUUCAAGGAACCGCUGAGCAUGAUGCACUUUUCGAUUUUGGCAUGCGUGUCGCGCACAUGAGAGGCGUAUUCCGAUUGACAGCUGAACGUGAACGACCGAUCCAGAGUUGCACAAUUCGGGAGUGGAUACGUGCUGCUAUCUGGUGGCUGCACAAAGGUCGUGCAGGUCUGACUGUUCAGAUCCGAAAUACACCCAAGGGAACGACAAGGCCUGAGAGCCUUACACAAGCGCAUGUCGAUGUCGCUAAAACAUGGUGGAUUCUUACCGAUGUCUUGUCUGGUGCAGACUCACCACACUCCAAGAUCGAUUCUCCACAGGAUACCCUGCUGCGAGACAUGGAUAUAGUACGCGCAAGUCUCCGUACUUUCACCUUAUCAAUGAGCAGAAACAAUGUUAUGCCACCUCAUCAAUCUCUCAUUCAAGGCCAAGACACGACAAUGUGGGUCGAGUACCCGCGUUUUGCUUCGGACGUUGCUGCUCUUUUGCGUGGCAACACAUCUCAAGCGUUGAUCGCACAAGAUGAAGUUGAGGAAGCAAACCCGCUGGAAGCUCUGCCUCUAGGCGACACAAGGGACACAUUCUGUUACAGUAGAAUGUUUGUCAGUGCUUCGGUCAACACAGACGAAGCAGAUAGCGAUCGCGUCGUCUUGCCCUGCGUUCUCACGAUGAUUCGAGCCAAGUCCGAAUUUCAGACUUCGGUAGUCAUCUCGAGUCAGGCAGACUUGGUGAACAUAACAAUCAGGCCUGGAGAUGGAGGGUAUGGCAGAGGUCCCACUUGGCACGAUGUCAGUUGGAAGUCGAAAGAGCAUGGUCUGUAUGUCCGUCUCCCUAGAGGUUUCACGCUCAAUCUUGCAUUCCAAGAACCAGACUUCCGCUCGCUGUGGAGCAUGGUUGACUAUACCAACAAGGUGUAUGGUAGCAUGAGACCGGAAGCCGAUGAGCGCAUGAUUCAUGAAGCACAUCUAGUCGAACUUGCGCACACCGAUUCUAUCAACCCGAAUGCAUUCUCCAAGGACAAGGUCCGGUCGUGUAGAGCAUUCGUGUUUGAGAAGAGACUUCAUGUUCGUACUGGACUCGGCGAGACCAACUUGCAUCGUGGAUAUCGGCUGCUCUUGAUGGCGAACCCCGUAAACAAAUCUUUGACCAUGGCCGGCAUUCCGUUAUGCAGGACCUCACCAUUGCUCUUCGAGAUGACAGGAGAGAAUGAGCCUCCCGUCAUGCAUGUUUAUACGCAAGACUCAAAACGGCAAUGUCGGACCACGUUAGGGUUCAAAAGUGGUCGCGACCGCCAGGACUUUUAUGAGGUAUUGCAGGGCAUCUCUACAGACGAAAACGAACAAGUUGUCGCAAGGGUUGGGUUGACGGCUAUGACGGCGGAAGCCUCAGCUGGACAAGACACAGUUGCGGGAGCCUUCCAAGGGCUUGCAUGGAAGGAUGUGCGGGUCGUGACCGAAGCUAAUGCAACGGUGGGACAAGACCAAGGCGACAUGACACUUUCGGAGCAUUUCCGUAUUAUUGCGACGCAUGACAACGGUGCGGUGACCGAUCGACUCAAUCUUGGUCCUGGCGAGCUCCUGUUGCGUCUUCCAGCAUCCAAGAUACCGAGCUUGUCGCUUUUGCGCGCACCGCAAGAGGAUCUGACUGCCUCGCUGGACAUUGCCAAAGCUCAACACGGACGGGAGGGUCUGAAGAGAUUUGUGCAAACAGCAGCGACAACACCUACAACACGCACCUUAACUUUCCCAUCGUUGGAGGAGCUGCACACAUUCCAGAAAGCGCUCACAAGAUACACCGUCAGAUACGACGGGACAGCUACAUUAUUCGCCAUCGCCAGACGGAGAAUGGUUGUGCCCAUCUACAAGAAGUGGGAAGCAACCAAGGUUCGCAUACAGAUCUUGACACUCGGCAACGUGACCAAGAUUGCAGCCUUUUUCGAAGACUUUAGCCAUGCAGAUGCUAUGGUGUUCCAGAUCAAAGCAGCAGAUACUUUCGAGAAGGCCAAAGGAGAGAAGCCAGCCAAAUACUGUGUCAAGUUCGUGGACGCCAAAUUCAGCUUACCAAAAAAAGAAAAGGAUGGCGAAAGAGGCGAGGAUGAGCCACCAUCAGACUCGCAGGUCUGGGGCAAGGGAGUCCGUCGCAAGUUUAUCAACCUUGAAGGAUUGGAAUAUGCAGGGGAACAUGAUGAUAUUACUAUUGGCUUUGAGACGGAAGAAGAGCGCGAUCGCUUCUCAGAAGGGCUGCCGGCAGCAACGACCAACAAGGUGUUCCAAUUGAGAAGGAAGAUCUGA